AUGGAGGAACUCUGCAGCAAAAUAAGUAAGAAGCUUGAACCCAAGCCCAGAAAAGUGAGAUUCCGGAUCUCCUCCUCUUACAGUGGCCGUGUCCUGAAGCAGGUUUAUGAGGAUGGAUCGGAGUCAGAGGAACCUGAGGAUGAGGGUCCCCAUAGGUCGCUGAAAACACAACUGAGUGAGGGGUUUGAAAUAGGCCGCGCUAAAGCACAGGAGCGUUGGGACCCAUCUUACUCUUCUUCAACACGCUUAUUAGCACAAAGAAUAAAUGUGUUCAGAGAUGGAGACAGGUUUUGCAUGACAGGCGGACAGAACUUAUUCCCCGACCUAACUGCAACCCGUUCCAAGCCAUCAACAAUACUGAAUUUUGGGAAAAUUAUCAUCUACACCAGCAAUCUAAGGAUCAUAAAGGCACCGCUGACUCAGAAACAGCUCUUAAGUAAACUUCUCCAAACUCAGCUGAAAUCUGAAAAUACAGCAAACCUGGACGGAAAGGGAGAGGCUGAUGAAAACAGUGAAAAGCAGUUAGGGACAGCUGAGGUAGGUGAAUCGCAACCCACGUGCCUACAGUGCGAUGGGGCAGGAUGCGUCCCUUGCUCUUUGUGCCAUGGAAGCAAACUGUCAAUGUUUGCCAACCGAUUCAAGGAAUCAUUUCGAGCCAUACGAUGCCCAGGAUGUAACGAGAACGGAGUACAGCCAUGCCAGACCUGUGCCCAUUGA